AUCAGACGAUCCCACAGAACCAAUAUUGACCCGAAAUGGCGACAGAGGGGGACAUAGUGAUUUCCAAGACAGAGUUGCAUGACUUUGCUGUUCGUUGUGUUGUUGCAGCGGGGGCGGACCCAAACCACGCAACAGAUUUGGCGGAUGUUCUGCUCACCGCGGAUUAUCGAGGUCACUUCAGCCAUGGGAUGAAUCGGCUGGAAAUGUAUUCGAGCGAAUUGCAGUCCGGUGUGUGUCGAGGCGGUGGUGCAUCGCCGGAGAUUGUCCGACAGACAGUAGCCACAGCUCUAGUGGAGGGCCACAAUCUGUUGGGACCAGUUGUGGGGAAAUUUGCAGUUGAUUUAGCGAUCCAAAAAGCCAAAGAAGCUGGUAUUGGUAUGGUCACGGUGCGAGGAUCAAACCACUUUGGUAUGGCUGGUCAUUAUUCCUUAAGGGCAAUGGAGCACGGGUUAAUCGGAAUGUCUUUCACAAAUACCUCACCUGUCCUAAAUCCAACCAGAUCUAAAGAUCAAGUGCUGGGUACCAACCCCAUUUGUAUGGCAGCGCCCGGUAAAGAUGGCGACAAUUUUGUCCUAGAUAUGGCUACCUCCAGCGUUGCUUUGGGAAAGAUUGAAAUCCAGGAGAGAAGAAAUCGCCCACUACCACCGGGAUGGGCGGUUGAUGCAGAUGGAAAAGAAACAUACGAUCCGAAAAAGGUCAAAGGUCUUUUACCACUGGGAGGAACAGAGGAGAGCAGUGGUUACAAAGGGUACGGGUUAUCCAUGAUGGUGGACGUAUUAACGGGAAUACUCAGCGGGGGGUCAUUUGGACCUCACAUCCGGUUCUGGAAGGGAGCAAGUCGAGUCGCAAAUUUGGGACAUUGUUUUAUUGUGUUUGACCCCAAAGCUUUCACAGACGAUUUUGAGGACAGGAUGAGUGAGCUCAUCGACUACUGUAGGCAGCUGGAGUCGGUGGAGGGACCAGAUAAGCCUGUUAUUGUAGCAGGAGACAGAGCCAGAAAACACAUGGAGAUGUGUGAUAAACUCGGGGGCAUCCCCUACCACCCCAAACAGGUGGAUUUUAUGAAUGAGAUGGCGAACAAGUUUAACAUAACACCAGUUAAACCUUUGACAUGAAGACUUAACAGAAACUGAAAGAACCCCAUAGCAAUUUAUCAUAAAAUCGUUGAAUUUAGAUUACAAUUUCGUGUAUCAUAUACACGUCCAGUUACUCGGAAUUGAAAUAAAAUAUUUUCUAUAGAAAUUAUUAA